UGUUAAAAGUGAAUUGUACUUAACAAGAAUGUUCAUACCAAACAUCGCUAACUAGGGAUAUAUUUUUUACAGCCUUCGUGUCCAGACAGUGUCUGAAAUCCAUUUUUUAUCUAUAAGUAGCGUGUAGUCAUGGAAAAUUGACCAAUUAUCUUGAUUUAUUGCUGCCAAAUGGUUUAUUGAACGACACUAAAAUAUUUUAGCCAUACAUUGGCCUUCGUUGAUUGCACGGUGUCCCCUAUCUAGAUAAAGUCAAUUUUUUUUUGUAUUUCUAGGCGGUCGAAUAUAAUGGAUGUGCAUACCUUUAAAACUCCCGCAUUAGGCGGACUCCCAAGAUAUGUUGGACUUCUUCUUCCCGCUCUCCAUCGUGGAGCACAAAAUAUGGCGUGGGGCGAACUGCUUUAUCCGAAGCCGCUGCUUGUUUUUAUAGUAGAAAUUGCAAACUGGAAAAAUUGUAAACUAUCAAGUACACAAUUUCCAUCCUCCCCCCCCUUUCGCCCAGCCCCACCCUACUAUUCGUCAUAGCCCAUGUCACAUUUCUUCCCUACCUCGUCCCCAGGGUAUUCUGGGUAAUUUUCAAUAUGGCGUAGCUAGACGCCAUAUUGAAAAUUACCCAGAAAUCUCUGGGGACGAGUUUGUUUUUUUCCAAAUUUUACAUGUCACAUUUCUUCCCGACCUCGUCCCCAGGGUAUUCUGGGUAAUUUUCAAUAUGGCGUAGCUAGUAUGGCGUAACUAGUUUAUCUAAUAUUUCAUGUUUUGCUAUGUUUAGAGCGUGUUUACAUUUAAUAUCUCGUGGUCUAUGCCCAUUCCCAGCUGGCACUACCUUUGUUUAUUGAUAUUUACAAAACCUCUCAUAUAUUUUAAUCAUUUUCAAGUAGAAAUCUAUACAUUUUGAAACCGUGUGUGGAUAUAAGGUUCCAAAAAUGGAAAAAAAGACCUUUUUUUAUUUUCACAUCUACAUUUUGCUUUAUUUUAUUAUCGAGUGAAAAUAGACCAAAUGACGUAAAUAACAAUGCCCAAAAUCCACUGUUUACAAUGUGCACCUCUGGACCGGCUUCUCUAAUAUAAUCAGAUAACUUUAUUUUCUAUACUUGACAGAGUCCAUCUGUCUAUAUUACAGAAGAGAGUAGUAGACAAUUCGAAUGAUUAUGACUAUGUGACGUAGAAAAAUCUCUCCUUAUUAAAACAAUUGCUUUUGAGAUAAAUUUACAAAGUUCUGAAUUUUGAUCUAAACCGAGCCGAUUAAACAAGAAUAUGCCUGAUGCGAGCACCAACCCCGAGAAUGAAAGUGUCGGGAGUACCAUCUUGCAAACGUUUUGCUGCAACACAACAUUACAUGGAGUGCACCGGAUCUACAACUCAGAAAACCGACUGAGUAGACUGCUGUGGGUGUCUCUUCUGUUUACCGUCACAGGCUAUACGUGUAAGAGUCUUGUUUAUACCAGUCUGCGCUUUAACAGUUACCCACAUACCACACUUUUAAGCGUAAAGUUUCCAGAGAGUGGCGCACUUAGAUUUCCUGCAAUCACCGUAUGUCCAACGAACAUUUUUAUGAAGAGAAAGCUCCACCUUCCGGAUUCCCACCCUGAUUAUGAAAAACUUGGAUUAAACCUAACAAUUUGCAACGAAACCAAAGAGCUCAGACGGCGGUUUAAUCUCACGUGUGGGGAAUUCCUUCUCUGCGCCGGUGUGCCUAUUUUUCCGGCCCAUAAUCUGAACUGCGGAGUCAACGUAACAACCUUGAGAUCGCUAUACACAAAAAGCUGGUCUAAUGUUCCAGAACAAUUUAUCAAGGCUUACAGCGCGAGUUUCAAGGAGACGAUAGUGCUAUGUAGAUACGGACUGUACCCUUGCAACAUGAAGCUUUUUACCGAACAAGUUAACAACAUUGGGAGGUGUUUCUCCUUUAAUAAUUUCGUGGGAGACAAAAAAGAAUCAUUACUAAAAUCAUUUUUUCAAACUGGGACUCUCCUGUUGGUGCUUAAUGCUAAUUCCAAGGAAAUUACAUAUGGACAUUCUCUGACUGAGGGGUUCCGAGUAAUUGUUCAUGACCAAGGGACAUAUCAGGGAUUCCAUGGCGGCGUGCGUAUAUCCCCUGGAUACAUGGCUUUUGUUGAACUCAGACAAAUUCAGACAACCUUCCUCCAGUCCCCUUACAAGACGAACUGCACGAGGCGUAAGUUGACAAGUUACUCGACAUACACCGUCAAUGGCUGUCUGGAUGACUGCUUCAACACACUAUUGGUGGAGAACUGUGGCUGCAAGUUUCUGGGCUUUCCAGGGUUCAGUGAACGAAGAACGUGCACGCUGGUGGAUAAAGAUUGUUUCGUCCAAUUAUUCACUUCCGUGAAUCCCGAUCUUUGCAACUGUCGUCCGCCAUGUGAAACUACGUCCUUCCAAUACGAGCUAUCAACCUCCGCCUUUCCCGCUCCUAACUCCUUUCUCAGGAUCAACAUGAGCCUGGAGACCCAGCGUGAAAACCUCGCAGCAGUGCAAAUAUCGUACGUGGGAAUGCAAUACGAACACCUAGAAGAAGUCCCGGUGCUUAGCGUGGAGAGCCUGUUUGGCGAAGUUGGGGGAAUCCUUGGGCUCAUGCUCGGAUGCAGUAUUCUAACUGUUGUUGAAGUCUUUGAGCUCGUGUGGUGGCUUAUUUAUACCGGGUUUAACAAGCGUUUUAGGCGUGUUAAGCAAGCCUGGGCAAAGUAGAUACGAAUGUGAUUAUAGUAAAGAUCCUUGUGGAGUACCCGGUUUUGGCACAUUCAGAAAUGUCGAUAAGACACUGGUUUGCUUUCCUUUACACUUGAAAAUACAACAAUUUAUUUGACAGAAAAUUACAAAAUAAACCUCCACGACAUCGACUCAUCCACGAUAAAAUUAUGAUAUUUUAUUAGCGUAUAUUUGUUGUGUAGCUCGAUACUGUACGCGAGCAUAAAAAAGUACAGCAUUAUUGGCCUUCUUUCAAUAGUAGUCUAAAGGAUCAUUUCGCUGGCGAGCCCAACAAGCAAAGUAGCCUAAAAUACGGGUAAAGUCUAGAAAAAAAACAAAAACAACAACAACACAGGGGUUAAUUUGAUAUGCUUUAUUCAGUUAUUCCAUUCAUAUCGUUUAUUGGUCAGUAGCAAUACGAAUAAGUAGUAAUGAUAGAAGACCGUAUCGUCUUUGACUUUUUAUCGAUUAUCUAAGAGAUGCAUGCGCCUGGUCAAGUUUACAAACGCUCGAUCCCAAGUUUAAAGAGCUCUUUACAGCCACACGUUUUCUAUUGUUUACAUUCAAUUUGAAGGCUCAAAUGUGCCGAAAUCACGAAAUCACUAUCUAAAAAACAAAGUUUAAUACUUUAUUGAUCAGAAUCAAUGAAAGAAAUCGCAUUGGCUUCGCUAAAUCAGCCGAUGGAAAUGGAUGCUUUUUCACACUUGGUAUUUUGCUAGGAUGACAAAAUGGCGGCUGAAAGAGGUUGUUUAAGCAGGGAUAACGACAAAAGCUUGAAGGACGCGACCUUUAAAAAGAACCUUUACGCUAAAGAGUGCUAUUGCAUAAUUUUUCUCAUAAAAGCAAAUUGAAAAACAAGCAUUUGUUAUAUACAUCUUAAUAAUUUUGUAAAUUCCUUACAUUAACAUUUUCUUUUUCAAUAAAAAUUCCAUCCAAAUACAUAUAUAGAAUUGUUAUAAUUACAAUAUCCCAGUUCAAGAUCAUCCUCAAAAUUAUAUUAAAUAAAAAUCCCACAAUCACUGUC